AUGUCCGAGCCCAAGACGCCCACUCCAACCCCUGCUGGAGACACGUACAAGGGAUGGGUUUUCAAGUGGACAAAUUACAUCAAGGGCUAUCAGCGGCGCUGGUUCGUCUUGAGCAAUGGCUUGUUGUCCUAUUACAGGACCCAAGCGGAAAUGGGUCACACGUGCCGCGGCACCAUCAAUCUGGCCACGGCAACCAUCAGCGUGGAAGACGCGUGCAACUUUGUCAUCUCCAACGGAGGCGCCCAGACGUACCACCUGAAGGCCAGCUGCGAGGUGGAGCGACAACGUUGGAUUACUGCGCUGGAGUUGGCCAAAGCCAAAGCGGCACGCCUUCAGCCAGAGUCUGACGAUUCGGGCGACGACUUCUCCCAGUCGCCCCCGAGCGCGCCUUCCGGCCAAGGCGGCGGCGGCGCCUCGCAGAAUUCCGAAGUCCAGUCGGCGCUCCGAACGCUGGGCAGCAAGGUGGAGGAUCUGACCACGUGCAACGAUCUCAUUUCCAAGCACGGCUCGGCUCUCCAGAGGUCUUUGUCGGAAUUGGACACUUUGCGUCUGACGGGAGAGGCGGGAGAUAAAAUUCGUCAGGUGACGGAGAGAGCCACGCUGUUCCGCAUCACCUCCAACGCCAUGAUCAACGCGUGCCGAGACUUCCUGGCGCUGGCGCAGGCGCACAGCAAGCGGUGGCAGAAGGCGCUGCAGGCCGAGCGCGAGCAGCGAGUGCGGCUGGAGGAGACUUUGGAGCAGCUGGCUAAGCAGCACAACCACCUGGAGCGAGCCUUCCGCGGGGCCGCCGCCGCGCAGUCUAACGCCACCGCCGCCGACAACAAGACCGCCGUCGGAGCGGCGAAAGGCGAGGCCAGCGACGAGGACGACGAUAACGAGUUCUUCGACGCCGUGGAAGAAGCCCCGGAGUUCAUCACCGUCCCCGCCGAUCCUCACUUCCACAAGAGGUCGAGCAGCAACGCCAGCGGAUUCAAUAGUGAAAUUUGUUCAGACGACCAGUCGUUGAACGAGGAGCCGCUGGCCAUGAACCAGGAGUCGCCCUCGCAGGAGUUGUUGCCGCUUAAGAAGAGGCGCACGCGCAUCCCGGACAAGCCCAAUUACUCCCUCAACCUGUGGAGCAUCAUGAAAAACUGCAUCGGCAAGGAGCUCUCCAAGAUUCCCAUGCCCGUGAACUUCAACGAGCCCAUUUCCAUGCUGCAGCGUCUGUCCGAGGACCUGGAGUACCACGAGCUGCUGGACAAGGCGAGCAAGUGCCACAGCUCGCUGGAGCAGAUGUGCUACGUGGCCGCCUUCUCCGUGUCGUCCUACUCCACGACGGUCCAUCGCACGGGCAAGCCCUUCAACCCGCUGCUGGGCGAAACUUUCGAGCUGGACCGCCGGCGGGAGAGCGGUUACCGCUCCCUCUGCGAGCAGGUCAGUCACCACCCGCCGGCCGCCGCCCACCACGCCGUCUCCGAUCGAGGCUGGACCCUUCGGCAGGAAAUCACGGUGGCCAGCAAAUUCCGGGGCAAAUAUCUCUCCAUCAUGCCCUUGGGGACCAUUCACGCCAUCUUCCAGAAGGGCAACAAUCACUACACGUGGAAGAAAGUCACCACCACCGUGCACAACAUCAUCGUGGGGAAACUCUGGAUUGACCAGUCGGGGGAGAUCGACGUGGUGAACCACACCACCGGAGACCGCUGCCAUUUGAAGUUUGCUCCGUACAGUUACUUUUCCAGAGAUGUGGCCAGAAAGGUGACGGGCGUGGUGAUGGACAAGGAAGGCAAGGCGCACUACGUUCUGUCGGGCACGUGGGACGAGAAGAUGGAGUUCUCCCGGGUGAUGCAGAGCAGCCGCGGCGGGGAGAACGGCUCGGAGGGCAAGCAGAAGACAGUCUACCAAACCCUGAAAGCCCGAGAGGUGUGGCGGAGGAACCCUUUACCCGAAGGCGCGGAGACCAUGUACUAUUUCACCGCCUUGGCGCUGACCCUGAACGAGCCCGAGGAGCCCGUGGCGCCCACCGACAGCCGGCGCCGACCCGACCAGAGGCUGAUGGAGGACGGCCGUUGGGACGAGGCCAACGGCGAGAAGCAGCGGCUGGAGGAGAAGCAGCGCGUCGCCCGGCGCGAGCGUGAGAGGGAGGCUCUGGGCCAGCGCGCCUCCGGCCACCCCGACGAAGGCGGAUCUCACGACCUCUACAAGGCGCUUUGGUUCGAGCGCUGCCGGGACCCGAUCACGGGGGAGCAGGUCCACGUCUAUAAGGGCGGCUACUGGGAAGCCAAGGAGCGCGGCUGCUGGGAGGGAUGCCCGGACAUAUUUUGA